CUGACGCCCCGCCCACUCCCGGUGCCGUCCCGGGAGCCGCGGGGUUCGGGCCGGGGCCGCCGCCGCCAUGGGGUCGGUGUAUCAGCGCCUGCAGCGCUGCCUCGAUCGCCCCGGCCCCCUCGGGAACCUGCUGGGCCGGAUGGAGGCUCGUACCGGUAUCAAGCGGAUCUACCUGGCCACAGGUUCUGUAGCUCUCCUGGGGCUCUACCUGGCGUUCGGCUACGGCGCCUCCCUGCUCUGCAACAUCAUUGGCUUCGCCUACCCCGCAUACGUCUCCAUCAAAGCCAUCGAGAGCUCCAGCAAGGACGAUGACACCACGUGGCUGACGUACUGGGUGGUGUACGGCGUCUUCAGCAUAGCCGAGUCCUUCUCUGACCUCUUCCUCUACUGGUUCCCAUUCUACUACACUGGGAAGUGCCUGUUCCUGCUGUGGUGCAUGGCCCCCAUCUCCUGGAACGGGUCUCAUGUCCUCUACCAGACUGUCAUCCGGCCCCACUUCCUCAAGCACCACCAGAGUGUGGACAAAGCACUGGGCAACAUCAGCACCAAAGCCCUGGACGCGGCUUCCAGUGUCACCCGAGAAGUCCUGCGGACUCUGGUGGCCAGCAGAGCCCGCCUGACGGCCGAGGUGGCCCCACAGCUCAGCCUGUCCCCUCCAAAGGAACCUUGAACAUGGGAGAGAAGAGGGAGUGAGACGGAUUGAUCUUACUCCUGGGGCCUGGGCUUGGGCCGGGGUCCCGCCCCAGGCCCCGCUGUUGUUUCCCCCCAAUAAACCCGCUGGAAUCAUCA